AUGGAAAAUUAUUCAGACCCUUCAGUGCUGAGGUACCCGCAAAGAAAACUCUCAACUCCAGUGUCAGCCGUGCAGCGAAUAAACCGAUCUUGGACCCCGAAUCCUCAACGUGAUAACCAAGGAAAUUCACUCAGAAACUAUGAGUUGCAAUCGAGACGCAGCAGAAGUGUUGGGCGUUAUGUAGAAAGCCAAAGUGGACUGGAGCAACUAUACCAGCGGCCGUCAGAAUAUCUCAAUCACGAACCUGAGGAAUGGGAAUCUGGAUGGCGCCAUGAGUUAGAUAGAAAAAAACUGGAUGGUCAGUCAUCUGGUAAACUGGCCGAGAUAAAAAAGCUUGCAAAAUAUGAAGUUCUCAUUCGACAGAAAGUUGAAAAACUUUCCGAAGAAUUGCAACAACAGCGAAAUCGGCGGCAUGGAUAUGUACCUUCUGCUUCUCCAGCCCUUCAGAAAAAUUUCGAUCGCUUUAGUGGACUGAUUAACGAAUUUGGACGCUCAGAACGUGCUACCACACCUCAAACAUUACCGCAAACCGAAAUUACAACUUGUACUGCGCUUUUCUCCUUCAAAGCUGUUAGCCCUAAAGAAUUAUCAUUUAAUCGUGGCGAUGUGAUACGGGUGUAUCGCAUAAUCGAUAUGAACUGGAUGGAAGGCGAACACAAUGGUCAAAUUGGCAUUUUCCCUUCUUCCUAUGUACAGAUUGACAACAGUGAGGAGAGGGAGCAAAUCAAACUGGUCGUUUUGUAUCCUUUUUCCGCUAGAAAUAAGAAUGAGUUGUCAUUGAAGAAGGGCGAAAUUCUGCGUCUAUUGCGAAAUAUUGAUGCCAAUUGGAUCGAGGGUAAAAAUAUUCAUGGACAAGCAGGAAUUUUCCCUAAGUCAUACGUUCGUGAAGCAUGUGACAUGAGUCUGCACGACAACAAUGAAACAGCAAUACCGGAUAGGCCUAAAACACCACGUACCAGUACUACUCCAUUCAGAGACGAAAAUCCAGCAGUAGCAGUAAAGACAGAUCACGGAGGGGAAAUGGGAAAGUGGGAGAAAAGGAACAGUCAAAGCGACUUUUCUGGACCGACGAACAUAAUUCCCAAAAAUGCGGAAACUUAUCGGGUCCUGUAUGCUUACAAGCCAAGAAAUGCGGACGAGCUUGAGCUCCAAGAAAAUGAUAUUGUUUUUGUUAUCGAAAAGUGCGAUGAUGGUUGGUUCAUUGGUACUUUGCCACGAACCGGUCAAUUCGGAACAUUUCCAGGCAAUUAUGUUGAAAAGCAUUGAACUACAAAUACAAUUGGUAUUUGUUUUCUAUAUUGCUUAGCACCAACCAUUUCUUUGUUUAUCGUAUUCAUUUUGUUCCCUAUGUUUUAUUCAAUUCAAUAAAAAGUAAUAAUACA